UAAAAGUAAAUUUUAUCACAAUUUUUGUAAGAAGGAAAGAAAGAAACAUUAUUGCUCCAUUAUAAUAAAGCGAAAAAGAAAAUUAAAGUCACUUUGGUCAAAUUAAUUUAGAAUAUGACCAUAUAUUUCACCUUUAUGUUUUUUUAGUUUAACUUAGUACAAUAUAUUGUAUUAAAUUCCAAAGUGUUUUUUUUUUUUUAUUUAAAUAUUUUUGAAAAGGAAUUCAUUCUAAAGUGUAAUUCAAUAAAACAAAAAACUAAAGCAAUAUUAAAAAAUAGGAUAAAAAAUUAAAGACCCACAUUCUUUGUCUUCCUAAUUCUCUUCCUCACGAUAUUGGUAGUAAUCUCAUAAAAAGUUAAGCAAUAUUACAUUAAACAAACGUAUCUAUUUUUAUUUAGGGGUGAUUGUUAUUGGAGUUUAAGAGAUAGGAACCUUUUUAAAGAGAUGCAAUGUAGAGACAAUCACUCUUUCAUAAUUUAUACAAAAUUGAGGGGGCAAAUGAUCCCAUGCUUCCCUUUCCAUCUACCUGCCCGACACCUCUUUAACCUUAUGGGGUAACUUGUGACUAAGCUAUUUAAACUUUUAAAUUUGACACGAUCAACCUCCAGUAUUGAAUUUUGGAGGUAGAACUCUCCAAACUUAAAUUUUGUUUUGCUCUCUCUCUCUCUCUCUCUCUCUCUCUCUCUCUCUCUCUCUCUCUCUCUCUCUCUCAGCUUGCGGGGUCUUGGGAAGGAGCACUGUCGGCCUCCCCUCUCACCUUAGGUAGACCUCUAGUCCUUUUUCUCGAAACUAAAACCAUGAAAAAACCUCGAACUGAACUUCCCUCAAUCCCUCUCGAUGCUCUCGUUAUCACGGUGUCACCACCACCGCUAGCUCAGGUGACGUAACUUGAGAACUCACGGAACCCAAAGGCUCUUUCCCCCUCACGAACCCCGACAUUGGGCCUGAUAUUUAUUUGUUUAUGUUUUCUCAAUCAAUUUCGUAUUUAAGUUUGUGGCAUUUGUGAUUUCAGAUCCAAAACUAAUUGUGCGUUUUUGUUUUUAUUUAGGGUUUUAGAUUUGCAAAUUCAUAUUCGGAAUCGAUUGAUAUAGUCAUCUGAUUCUCUUAUUUUCCUAUUUUUUUUUUUUCUGAUUUAGUAUAAUUGUGGGGUGGUGUUGGUGGCGGCAACAGCGGUGGUGGUGGUGGUAAUAGUUGGGCGGUACUGGUGCAAUAGUGGUGGUGAAAUGGUAAACUUGAAAGAAGAAGAAGAAGAAAUUAUUAUUAUAGGAAUCAUUCUAUAUACUAUUUUUUUAAUUUUUUUUAUUUUUACGGUUUGGAUUGCUCCAUUGGCUGCUCCAAUAGUUGCUGUGUGGGUUGCGAUGUGGAUUUAAAUUGCAACGUGUAUUUCCGUAAUGCAAAAAAUACAUUUUAUUUUCAUUAUAUCUAAAUAAAUAAAAUGAUAUAUGUUGACUAAUGAAAUCACACAAUAUGUACAUAAUGGUAGGUCUAUUUGACAUUUGACAGUUAAAAACUAAAUGAAAAGUAGAGAGCAAAAGAAGAUUGAAGUUUGGAGAGUUCUACUCCAAAUAUUUAGUAGUGGGGGUUAAUCGUGCCAAACUUAAAAACUUAGGCGAAGAAUGAAAACAUGAGAAUAUGAAUGAGAAUAAAAAUAAGAAUGGAAUAAAAUAAAAUUUAAAAUAUAUAAAAAAUUAUUAAAUUUUUUCUCAUAUUGAAAUGGUCUUUCCUUGUAUUUCAAAAUAGAUUCUACCAAAAUAGUAGAAAGAACAUUCUAUUGGAAUGACAUUCCAAUACUUUAAUAUGUAACCAAACAAAAGAAUAAAAUAAAAAUUGUUUUCUUUCUAUUUCUUUCUAUUUCAUUACCUCCAAUCAAACACCACCUAAAUGAGUUUAGCUUUCAAAUAUCAUUUCACUUGCGGUUAAUCUUCCAACCCUAAAUUUCAUAAAUUUAAAUUAUUCUUUUUUAAUUUUUAAAUGAAUUCUAAAAAUAUUUUUUUCUUAUAAUUUUUUAGAUGGACCAAUAUAAAUAUGUCACGUGUACGUGAUGAUACAUGUAGACAGUAACAGUUAAAGGGUUUUACCACUAAAAUUUAAUGUUAAAAGAUUAAGUAGAAGUAAAAUAAAAUGGUUGAAAGAAUUUAACACCAAAUUACUCUAUUUAUUUAUUUUCCCAAUAAAAAUUGUUCAAAAAUAAUUUCAUGAAACUCGUGGGAUCUUAAAAACGGCGGGACCCACACCACACGCACUACACUACUACUAUAGAAUCGGAAUCUUCAAGUUAAUCAGAUUCUGUUUCUAUAAAUAGUAAUAUUCUAACUAAAACCAACAACACAACACAACCACUUCGAUCCAUAACCAUAAAUAAACAUAGUAAUACCAUGAUGUUGUUCUUCUUCUUAACUUCUUCACCAUUCAAUAACAUUCUUCUCAUUUCAAUAUUUCACUUCUUCUCACUCUCUCAAGGACUAAAUCAUCUUCAACUACUCUUAAAUCUCAAGACUGCCAUGAUUGGACCUCAAGCUUCUCAUGCUCUUCAAGAUUGGAUUUCGAAUAACCCAUCUUCUUCUUCUUCAUCAUCCUUCUGUUCCUUCUCCGGAGUCACGUGCGACAACAACCAGUCACGUGUUACCUCCCUCAACAUCACAAACCUCCCUCUCUUCGGCCACUUGCCACCCCAAAUCGGAAGCUUUACAAACCUCGUCAACCUCACCAUUGCCGGCAACAAUCUCACCGGUACACUUCCGGCUGAAAUGGCUAAACUCAACUCACUUAAGAUUUUAAACAUCUCAAACAAUUUGUUCAGUGGAAACUUCCCUGGAGAAAUCAUUCGUGCCAUGACAGAGCUUCAAGUUCUCGACAUUUACAACAACAAUUUCACCGGUACAUUACCCACUGAGAUUAUCGGGCUUAAGAAAUUAACCCAUCUGGGUCUCGGCGGAAACUACUUUUCCGGUAAUAUUCCGGAAAAUUAUUCCGAGAUUCAGAGUUUGAAAUAUUUGGGUCUUAACGGUAACAGUCUUACUGGUAAUUUCCCGAAAAGCUUAGGUAAGUUGAGAAAUCUCGAAGUAAUGUAUGUUGGUCACGACAACAAUUACAACGGCGGAAUUCCACCUGAAUUGGGAGGAAUGAUCUCACUUCAAAUACUCGACAUGAGUAACUGUAAUCUUACUGGAAAUAUACCCGAAGAACUGAGUCAAUUGAAGAAUUUACAGUCUCUGUUUCUAUGGAAGAACAAUCUCACCGGGGAAAUACCACCAGAGUUGGGUGAUUUAGUAAGCAUUCAACAUAUCGAUCUUUCGAUCAAUAAACUCAGUGGAAUAAUACCAUCGAGUUUUUCAGGGUUGAAGAAUUUGAUUCUGUUGAAUCUGUUCAGUAACAAUUUCUUCGGUAACAUUCCAAGUUUCAUCGGUGAGUUUCCGAAUCUUGAAGUGUUUCAGAUUUGGGAUAACAAUUUCACGUUUCAUCUUCCGGAGAGUCUUGGUAGAAAUGGAAAGCUUAAGGAGCUUGAUGUUGCCAACAACCAUUUGAGUGGACCAAUUCCACGUGAUUUGUGCAGAGGUGGAAGGUUGAAGACACUUAUUCUGAUGCAGAACUCGUUCACCGGAACUAUUCCAGAUGAACUCGGGCAUUGUAAAUCGCUUACCAAAAUCCGAAUCGGUAAAAACUUUCUCAAUGGAACCAUUCCAGUUGGGAUUUUCAAUUUGCCUAACGUAACCAUUACUGAACUCAAUGAUAAUCAUCUCUCCGGAGAUCUUCCAUCUCAAAUUUCAGGUGACUUUCUCGGAAUCUUGAUUCUUUCCAACAACUUGUUCACUGGGAAAAUCUCAGCUGGAAUUAGCAAACUCAAGAAUUUGCAUACUCUGUUAAUCGAACAUAACAGGUUUGAUGGUGAAAUUCCAAGUGAAAUAUUCACUAAAUUAAACUUAUUACAAAGAAUCAAUUUCAGCUCCAAUCAUCUUAGUGGUGAAAUUCCAGUUUCAAUGUUUAGAUCUUCUUCUCUAACGAGCAUUGAUUUAAGUCAGAAUAGUUUAACCGGUGAAAUUCCAAAAGAGAUUGCUGAUGUCAAAGAUCUGAGUACACUAAAUAUCUCACAUAACAAUCUCACAGGCCAAAUCCCAACAACAUCAUCUCAAAUCAGUUUUGAUGUUUCAUAUAAUAAUCUCUCGAGUGAUCAAGUUCCAAAUCAUUAUCACCACCACAAAGUUUUCAAAUCCUAUUUACUAACUCUAACUCUGAUUGGAGUGAGUGCACUAUUGUCAAUCAUGGGAAUUCUCCUAAUCACCAUCGUAAUAGUUUCUCACAAGCUCAAGAACAACAAACCAAGGCCAUGGAAGCUGACAACUUUCGCGAAAUCGCUCAAUUUCAACGCUUCAGACAUUAUAGAAUGUGUCAAAGAAGAGAGCAUAGUUGGUAGAGGUGGUGCUGGGAUAGUUUACAGAGGCUCAAUGCGCGACGGUUGUCUCGUGGCGAUCAAACAGUGUCGGGUAAUUGGUGGGAGAGAUGGCGGUUUCUCAGCCGAAAUUAAGACUCUUGGACAGAUUAGACACAGGUAUAUAGUGAGGCUUUUGGGGUAUGUAUCGAACAAGGAGACGAAUUUGUUGUUGUAUGAAUUUAUGGAAAAUGGAAGCUUGGGAGAGGUGUUGCAUGGAUGUAAAAGAGGGUGUUUUUUAAGUUGGGAAAUGAGAUAUAAGAUUGCAGUUGAGGCUGCUAAGGGAUUGUGUUAUCUUCACCAUGAUUGUUGUCCGAGGAUUAUUCAUAGAGAUGUUAAAUCUAAUAACAUUCUUCUUGACUCAAAUAUGGAAGCUCAUGUUGCUGAUUUUGGGUUGGCCAAGUUUUUGAUAGACGAUGGAAAAUCUGAAUUUGUUUCUUCUGUUGUGGGCACUUUUGGUUAUAUUGCUCCAGAGUAUACUCACACACUGAAAGUAGAUGAAAAGAGUGAUGUGUAUAGUUUUGGUGUAGUGCUAUUGGAGCUUGUGACAGGGAAGAAACCAGUUGGAGAUGAGUUGUUUGAGGUUGGGAUGAACAUUGUUGGUUGGGUAAGGGAAAUCGUAUCAGAUCAUUCUCAACAACACUCUGAUUAUCAUGAAACAGUAGUACUUGCAAUAAUGGAUCCUCUUCUUCUUAAUGGAGAUUAUCCAAUAGCAAGUGUCAUACAUAUAUUUAGAGUUGCAAUAAUAUGUGUUAGUGAUGAUGCUUCAACUAGGCCUACAAUGAGGGAAGUGGUUUAUAUGCUUACAAAUAUUGCUUACCUCCCAAAAUACCACCCAUUAGUGUGUUAAUUAUUGGAGAAUCAAUGUCAAUUUGUACUACAUUUUUCUUUUUUAUUAGA